GGCGCUGGGCCGCGGCGCGGGCGGGCGCGGGAGACUGAGGCUGCGGGCGAGAGGGACGGUGCUGGACCCCGCGCGGAGGCCGAAGCCGGGGAGGAGCGGCGGGAUCUGGACGGGCCAGGCUGCAUGGCGCCGGUGGCGUCUGUCUGAGCAGCGCGGGCAUUGGCUGGCGGCGGCCGGGUCGGGCUGAGUGCGGCUGCUCCUCGCCAUGGGGGACGUGGUGUCCACGCACCUGGACGACGCCCGGCGCCAGCACAUCGCAGAGAAAACCGAGAAGAUCCUGAGGGAGUUCCUGCAGUUCUAUGAGGACCAGUAUGGCGUCGCACUGUUCAACAGCAUGCGCCAUGAGAUCGAGGGCACUGGGCUGCCGCAGGAGCAGCUGCUCUGGCGCAAGGUGCCCCUGGACGAGCGCAUCAUCUUCUCCGGGAACCUCUUCCAAUACCAAGAGGACAGCAAGAAGUGGAGGAACCGCUUCAGCCUGGUGCCACACAACUACGGGCUGGUGCUGUACGAGAACAAAGUGGCCUAUGAGCGGCAGGUCCCACCCCGUGCCGUCAUCAACAGUGCAGGCUACAAAGUCCUCACCUCCCUGGACCAGUACCUGGAGCUGGUUGGCAACUCCUUGCCAGGUGGGCCAGGUAUCCCGGAGGACUCCAAGGUGGAGGGCCCGGCCUUCACGGACGCCAUCCGCAUGUACCGCCAGGCCAAGGAGCUGUACGGCACCUGGGAGAUGCUCUGCGGGAAUGAGGUGCAGAUCCUGAGCAACCUGGUGAUGGAGGAACUGGGCCCUGAGCUGAAGGCGGAACUCGCACCACGGCUGCGGGGAAAGCUGCAGGAGCGGCAGCGACAGUGGAUCCAGAUCUCGGACUCCACAUACCGCCUAGUAUAUGAGCAGGUCAAGGUGCUCUUUGAGGAGACGCUGUCCAAGCUGCAGCGGGCCCGGCCCGCCAUGGAGGCGACCAUCCGCACGGACAUGGACCAGAUCAUCACCUCCAAGGAGCACCUGGCCAGCAAGAUCCGAGCGUUCAUCCUGCCCAAGGCAGAAGUGUGUGUGCGGAACCACGUGCAGCCCUACAUCCCGUCCAUCCUGGAGGCCCUCAUGGUGCCCACCAGCCAGGGUUUCACCGAAGUGCGCGACGUCUUCUUCAAGGAGGUCACCGACAUGAACCUGAACGUCAUCAACGAGGGCGGCAUCGACAAGCUGGGCGAGUACAUGGAGAAGCUGUCCCAGUUGGCCUACCACCCCCUGAAGAUGCAGGGCUGCUAUGACAAGAUGGAGCCGUUGCGGUUGGAUGGGCUGCAGCAGCGCUUCGACGUGUCCAGCACCUCUGUGUUCAAACAGCGCGCCCAGAUCCUCAUGCGCGAGCAAAUGGACAACGCGGUAUACACUUUCGAGACGCUGCUGCACCAGGAGCUGGGGAAGGGGCCCACCCGGGAGGAGCUGUGCAAGUCCAUCCAGCGCAUCCUGGAGCGCGUGCUCAAGAAAUAUGACUACGACAGCAGCACGGUGCGCAAGCGGUUCUUCCGGGAGGCGCUUUUGCAGAUCGCCAUCCCCUUCCUGCUCAAGAAACUGGCGCCCACCUGCAAGUCGGAGCUGCCCCGCUUCCAGGAGCUGAUCUUUGAGGACUUCGCCAAGUUCCUCCUGGUAGAGAACACUUACGAGGAGGUGGUGCUGCAGACCGUCAUGAAGGACAUUCUGCAGGCCGUGAAGGAGGCAGCGGUGCAGCGGAAGCACAACCUGUACCGGGACAGCGUGGUCCUGCACAACAGCGACCCCAACCUGCACCUGCUGGCUGAGGGCGCGCCCAUCGACUGGGGCCAGGAGUAUAAUGACAGUGGCAGCAGUGGUGGGGACAGCCCCAGCCCUGUGGCCCCUGAAGGGUCCACCCUAUCAGAGAAGCGCCGGCGUGCCAAGCAGGUGAUGUCCGUGGUCCAGGAUGAGGAGGCAGGGCUGCCCCUCGAGGAGGGUUCCGAGCCAUCACUGGCGUCCCCGGACAGUGUCACUGAGAUCCGUGGCCUGCUGUCCCAGGAGCUGCAGGCUGAGAGCCCUCUGCUCAAUGGGGCCCUGGCCCAGGACAGCCCCCAACCUGAGGCUGUCCCUGAGAUGCCCUUGCCACCCGGCUCGCCGCCUCAGCAUCUCCCACCUGGGAAGGCUGUGGACCUUGAGCCCCCCAAUGCUACCAACCAGGAGACGGGGGAGCAGGUGUCCAGCCCCAGUAGCCGUACCCCCAUCCAUACCACCACUGAAGACAGCUCCGGGGUUCAGACAGAGUUCUAGACCAGUGGCCCGAGCGGCUGCUUCCUCCGAGGCACCAGCAGGCUCAGGGCCCUGGGCAGGGGCACCCCAUAUGGUGCCAACUGAGUCACUUUACUGGGUGUGUCCCAGCCUGGGCUGCUCCCCAUCUUCCCGUCUGUGGGCUGAUCUUGGAUGCAGGGUCUGGUUCCAGGCUUUCUCUUUGUGCUGGGGACUCAAUGCAGCUGGAGGUGACUGGGGCCUCCACCAUCCUGCCCUGCUUCCGGCACCUCCAAUUCCCUCCCUAUGGGUCUUGCUAUUCCUGAGGGAGGAUGGAUGGGCACGGGUGCUGCUGCCCAAAGUCUGGGAGGCUGGAGUCACCCUUGACUCAGCGAGGGUGUACCAGGACCAGGGUGGUGAAGGAAGCUGGGGCCUGCGCCCCAUUUCCAUCCUGCCCCUCCCAGCCAGGGACUGCCCGGGGAACGAAAACAACAAAGGAGGGGGGUCAUCAGGCUGGGCCUGGGUGUGGCCUUGUCCCCAGGAAAGUGGGUGAGGGGCCUCAUGAGAGGAGAAAGACGUGGAAUGUGCUGGUCUGUGGCGAGAAGUUGGGACGAGGGUUGGGAGUGUUCGAGGGAGGCUUGAGGCUGAGGUGGCAGCUCGAGUGUCUCCGGAAGUGGGCCCCUAGGGGCACAGCACACACCCAUUACGCCCAGCCCCUGCCCAUCUCCUCGCUGGUCUGGGAUCCAGCAUGGUCUCAGGGCUCCCUGCCCUGUGCACCUUGGGUCAUGUGUUGGACGGGCAGGAGGUUGCUAUGAGGCUUGGUGUCACCUCCUGCCACCUCUGAGGAACCACGAUGGGGCUCCUGAGGGCGAGAGAGGGGCAUGGCCUUUGCUGCCUCUGAGCCCCAAGCCUCCUGACCUAGAAAGUUCUGGGCCCCUCUAUGAGAAUGUCCUCUGAAUCACCUUGGUUAAGCUGAGGCAGCCCCAGUGUGGUGGCACCCACCCAGGGCCUGGUACUCCAGCUUGGCAUCUUCUGUGCUCUAGACCUGCUCCCCAGGGCAGGGGCCUCAGACCCACAGGGCAGCAGCUGGUGGUCAGGGACCCUGUGCCCCAUCACUAACCUCUUUCAAUGUUUUCCUCUAGUGCCUUGGGGGUUUCAGUCAGCCUUCCCGGCUAUGGUAUUGCAAAUACUAUGCAAACUGUUUAAGCCUCUGCUAAUCAAUAAAUGCUUUAUUUAAAGCUG